AUGGAACCACCACAACAAGACCAAGAGAUGGCGGAUGCCCCACCUGCAUCACCCACCAAAGUGCCACGGGAACGAGAUGAAGAUUCCAUUGAGGAACCAUCACCAAAACGGACGAAGACGGACGAUACUACAGGUGAUACUGCACCAGAGUUUAAAGUUCCGGAACUGCGACGUGAAUCAACGGCCACGGGACAUGAGGCUUGGAAGGUAGAUGCUCCUCUCACCGCGAAGCAGUCGAAAUUCUUGGUCCGGUGCAUUCAAGGCUUAAAACGGGUUCAUGAUUCUCGAUUUUUCCGUGAACCGGUGGACCCUGUGAAGCUGAACAUCCCAAAUUAUCCACUUAUCAUCAAACAACCUAUGGAUUUGCGAACUAUUGAAGAGAAAUUGAAAGCAGGAUCAUAUACCUCCCUUUUUGCAGUCACAUCCGAUUUCGACUUGAUGGUCGACAAUUCCGUCACCUUCAACGGACCGGAGCAUGUAGUUAGUAUGGAAGGUGCGAAUCUCAAACAAAGCUUUGAGCGCCAUUUGGCCAAACUUCCUGGUCCAGAUGAGGUGGAAACAAGCCCUGCUCAAAAGAAGGCCCAGAAAGUGGCGGCUGUGCCCACCAAAACCCAACCUGCUCGACGUGACUCAAGAGCCUCUGGGACUAAUGCGCGACCAACAAAUGCAACUUCUCCAACGACAACCUUUGCCCUUGGGCCGGAGGGCCGAAGCGUUCCAUCCCAUCCUCCAAAAAAUCGCGACUUAAUCUACAGCGCAAAGCCCAAGAAGAAGAAAUUCCAGUGGGAGCUGAAAUUCUGUCAAGAGGUUCUUGACGAGCUCCAUAAAAAGAAAUACGAAUCUAUCGCCAUUCCGUUCUACUAUCCCGUUGACCCCGUUGCCUUGAAUAUCCCCACAUACCAUAGUAUAAUUAAAAAGCCCAUGGAUUUGCAAACUGUCCAAACCAAGUUGCAAACCGGCCAGUAUGAGAAUGCAAAGGAGAUGGAGGCUGACGUUCGUCUAAUGUUCAAAAAUUGCUACAAGUUCAACAUCCCUGGAGAUCCGACCUACAACUCCGGAAAAAGCUUGGAGGAGGUCUUCGAUAACAAAUGGAGCCAGAAGCGUCGAUGGAUCGAAGCCCAUGAGCCGUCCUCUGGUCACCAAAGUGCUGGCACGUCAGACAACCCGAGUGAUUCAGAGGGUGAGGAAAGUGAGGACGAAAAUGAUCAAGAGAAAUUACAUCAGCUUCAGAAACAAAUUGCGGAGAUGUCCAAGCAAGUCGAGGCAAUUACUCAAAAGAAGAAGAAGACCCCGCCCAGUAGCUCGAAGAAGGCAGGCAAAUCCAAAUCUAGCAAGAAGGAAACCAAAAAAGGUUCUGGGACAACGGUUGGCUCGUCUGGUAAGAAAGACAAGAAGAGCGGCUCGAAAUCGAGCAAGCCUGAAAAGCAGCAUUGGGUUACCUAUCGCGAGAAGCAAAUUAUUUCGCACGGUAUUAGCAGCUUACCUGAAAAGAGAAUGACCGAGGCGCUCAAGAUCAUCCAGUCGAAUGUCCCUGGAUUAAAGGAUACCAAGGAAGCAGAAAUCGAGCUUGAUAUUGAUGAACUGCCCAACGACGUUCUCCUUGUGUUGCUAAAAUUCGUGAAGAAACAUGCCCCUUCAGCUAUGGACAUUGAUGAACCCGAACCGGAACCUGUUGCGGUUGUGGCUCCGCCGAAGCCUAAGAAGAAUAAACCUAUGAGCAAGUAUGAACAAGAAGCGCGGAUCAAUAGUAUUGAGGGUACUAUAUCCCGCUUCCAAGGCGGUGGCGGCGGAGGUAGAGGAAGUUAUUCAUCACAGGCUAUACAAUCCGUCGAAGGUGCCGAGAGUAGCGAAGAUGAUGACUCUGAAGAAAGUGAAGAAGAGUAG